UGAAAAUUUUUUGCGAGAACGAUUUCUAUAUAAACAAGUCUUCGACCAUCAUCCGACCAGUUACCACGAGCAUCUGUGUUUGCGAGACUUCAAAAUGAAUCGUUUGAUGCUGUUACUGGUCACGAUAACCGCAGUCUCUGCGGGAAAGAUGUAUUGCGGAAUCGUAAAACUGAUCGCCGAGAAUCCGAAGCAAGCGGACGUAACCGGUGACAUCACGUUCAUCCAAGAUGUAGGCAACAGUACGGUGCAUAUAAUUGGUACGAUAAACGGCCUUACCCCAGGUAAGCACGGCUUUCAUGUACACGAGAAGGGAGAUAUGCGGCAAGGCUGCAUAUCUGCGGGAUCACACUACAAUCCCACUCAGCAAUCCCAUGGCGGACCAACCGCCUCAGAGAGACACGUCGGUGAUCUGGGCAACAUUGAGGCAGACGCGCACGGAAUAGCAAAUAUAGACAUUUAUGACAACAUAAUUACUCUCAAUGGAAGACACAGCGUUAUUGGACGUUCCGUUGUAGUUCAUGCUGGUGAAGAUGAUUUAGGAGAGGGGCACGAAUCGGACUCUCUCACUACCGGGCACUCCGGUGGACGCGUAGCUUGUGGCAUUAUCGGUAUUUUGCAAACACCGUAAAUAACACUUUUUGCGAAAUCCUUCACGAAUUAUUGAUAUAAUUGUAAAUUGAACUGUAGUUACGAAAAUAAAACAGAUUCGUCUCAUCUAUGUAUACGUA